AUGGCUAGAAACUUACAAUCGCAGCUUAAAACUCUGCAAAAACGUGAACGACAAAUAGUGCUUAUGCUGGACAGUGUCGAUCGGUUUUUGCAACACUAUAAUUCUGAACAUGAUGAGUGUCAAUUAACUUCAAGGAUUCAAGCUUUGGAUCCAGUGUACAGUGAGUUUUACGAAGUGCGUGGAAAAAUAGAGAUUGCUUUGGAAGAGGCCGAUGAAAAGCUGGACAAGGAUUUGGAAGAGGACACUAAAAAGGAAGCAGAAAAGCAACGACAGGAUGAGAACGAAAGGAUUUUGCUGGAGUUUGAGGAUCGAUUUUUCGAGUUGAAGGGAAUGCUCAUGAAACUUCAAUCGUCGAAAGCAUCUCAGCCAAACGACGAGUCGAGAUUCAGCCAAGAUCGGUCCGCCCCAUUUUCGCGUGUCAAGCUUCCAGAGAUUCGACUUCCAACCUUCAACGGAAAGAUCAAGGAAUGGGUGACGUUCAGAGAUAGCUUUCGGAGUCUCAUUCAUUGCAAUCCUCAGCUAGGAUCUACGGAGAAGUUCACGUAUCUCAGGUCUGCCGUCACAGGUGAUGCGUUGAAGGAUAUCGCAUCCAUUGAACUCACCGAUGCCAACUAUGAUGUCGCUUGGGAUAUUUUGGAGGAGCGUUACGAGAAUCGUAAGCUCAUUGUGAAGGCUUACCUGGACGCUUUAUUCGCUUUAGAACCACUGAAGAAAGAAGGCUACGACGGGCUGAAUAAUCUGAUCACCGAGUUCGAGAAGAAUCUUCAGAUGUUGCAGAAGGUCGAUGAAGAAACCGAAGGCUGGAGUACAAUCCUGAGCUACAUGCUGAGCGCCCGUCUUGAUCCUGUUACUCUUCGAAAUUGGGAAACACAUCAUAACAGCAAGGAAGUUCCCAGGUACGAAGACCUCAAGAAGUUUUUACGCAACUAUUGUAGUGUUCUCCAAACUGUAGCGCCAUCAAAAGGGUCAAGUUCAACAGACAACAAGCAAUCCAGGAGUUCAGUGUGUAAUACCGCAUACAAGUCGUCGAAUCGGUGUCCGUUCUGCAACGAGCCGUGGCAUUCACCCUUCCACUGCCAGAAGUUCAUGCGUCUAAAAUUGUCUGAGCGUUUGGACGCGGUAAAUCGAGCCAGAGUCUGCCGUAACUGUUUCCAGAGUGGUCAUUUCGCAGCGAAUUGCAGCCGAAGUACCUGUCGUCAUUGUCAUCAGAAGCAUCAUUCGUUAAUCCACGCGUCGCGAUCCUCCGUUCCACACCCGUUGAAUCCGAAGCCGUAUCAACAGUCAACGUCACAACCCAUCGUUCAACAAGCAUCGUUCCAACAGCCAAAUCCACAACUCCAACCAACAAACACCGAGAACUUGCACACCUCAACACAAAAUGCACCAACCACCUCACAACACACAAACACACAACAAACCUCAACACAUAGUAACACCAGUCAAAAUUAUGUCGCACUUCCUGCUUCUCCUUCGAAUAACAUUAUUCUGUCAACGGCUCUAAUAAGAGUGAAAGAUCGUCAUGGCAACACGCUGAUUGCUCGAGCUCUUCUUGAUUCUUGUUCGCAACAUUGCCUCAUGACACGUGACUUCUCUCGCAAGCUGCGCUUCGUUGAAUCACCCACGUUCCUGUCGGUCCAAGGUAUUGGAUCAUCGCAAAGUGUUUCAACAAAGGCUGUAAGCGCUGAAAUAACUCCCCGUUCGCCGAAGAUGUCCCGCUUCCAGGAAACUGUGCAAUUUUUCGUUUUACCAAAGCUCACUCUUCAUUUGCCAACAACUUCGUUUGAUCCAUCCACUUUGCCGCUUCCUGAUGCAUCGCUCCUGGCAGAUCCGUAUUUCCAUGAGUCGAGGCGCAUAGACGUAAUAAUUGGCGCUGAAUAUUACAUGGACUUGCUCACAAACGACAGACGGAAGAUAACUGCAAACGGACCAACUCUACAAAAGACCGUAUUCGGAUGGAUUGUCUCGGGUCGAGUAUCAAGCGCAACACCAUCCAUUUCUCAGACUUAUGUUUGCUCAAUUGUAGAUCUUCAAGAUCAAUUGAUGAAGUUUUGGGAACUGGAAACCUGCCGCGUUAAAAGCGUCCUGUCGAUAGAAGAAUCGUUGUGUGAAAAGAUCUUUCGAGAAACUACGAUACGUGACACUGAAGGCCGAUUCGUCGUUACACUUCCCAAGAAAGAGUCUGUGAUUGAUCAAAUCGGCAACUCACUCACGAGAGCUGCUAGUCGUUUUACGGCACUGGAAAGGCGAUUCGAAACCGAUGCGGAUUUGAAGAAGUUGUAUGCUGCCUUCGUCCACGAAUACCUUGCACUAGGGCACAUGCAAGAAGUGUCAGACAAGUCGGAUCUAGAAAAAGGCUACUACAUACCGCAUCUCCCUGUGUUUAAACCUGACAGUACGACGACAAAAUUGCGGGUGGUGUUCGAUGCAUCAUGCAAGUCAUCCUCUGGUGUUUCGUUGAAUGACGCUCUAAUGGUGGGACCUGUCGUCCAGGAUGAGCUGCUGGAUAUCACGCUACGCUUCAGGCUUCAUCAGUACGCGAUUGUAGCUGACAUAGCCAAGAUGUAUCGAAUGAUCAAGGUGCAACGUGGGGAUCAUCGGUGGCAGAGAAUUUUGUGGCGAGAUUCAAGAGAUGAGUCUGUUCGGACCUUCGAACUUAACACCGUUACUUACGGUACUUCCUCCGCCCCUUAUCUUGCUACAAGGUGUCUGCAACAAUUGUCCCAGGAUGGAGCUGAGGAAUAUCCGAUCGCAGCUGAGGUGCUCGCUUCUGCGUUCUACGUCGACGACAUGCUGAUUAGUGUCAAAUCCAUUGAGGAAGGAAAGCAACUUGUGCAGCAAAUGAUGAGCCUCAUGGAUUCUGCUGGAAUGUCUCUCAGAAAGUACGUUUCUAACUGCUCGGAGAUUCUACAAAAUGUACCCUCCCAUCUCUGUGAUGAACGAUUGGUUUGUGAGUUAGACUCAACCAGAUCUACUGUGAAAACCCUUGGACUGCAGUGGCAGCCUAGCUCCGACGACUUCCGCUUCAGUACGAUUUCUUGGGAUGAUAAAGCACCGAUUACCAAGCGAAAAGUAUUGUCAGACGUAGCACGGCUUUUCGAUCCCUUAGGACUAGUUGGCCCCGUCGUAAUCCAAGCUAAAAUCUUUGUACAAGAUCUGUGGAAACUCCAAUGUGAUUGGGAUGAGGAACUGAGCGUUGAGCUUCAAGAGCAGUGGAGGGAGUAUCGUCGAAAUUUUGCAAGUUUAGACAGUUUGUCAGUGCCCCGUUGGGUUGGUUUGAGUCAGGAGACAAGAGUCGUAGAAAUUCACGGAUUUUGUGAUGCGUCAGACAAAGCGUACGGAGCAUGCUUAUAUGUCAGAACCGUUGAUGCUAAUGAGGAGAUUCUAGUUCGACUGUUGACGGCGAAGUCGAGAGUAGCCCCUCUCGAAAACCUGAAGAAGAAAAAGAAGAGGCAAUCUACGCCACGAUUAGAAUUGUCAUCAGCUUUACUUCUCGCGCACCUUUAUGAAAGAGUCUCCAGAAGCAUCAAGUUGCAGUCAGCAAAAUCCCACUUUUGGACUGAUUCCAUGAUAGUUAAGUGUUGGCUAUCAUCCCCACCUUCGCGUUGGAAAGAGUUUGUAGCAAACCGAGUCUCCGAGAUCCAACACAUCACGGUCGCUGGAACAUGGAAUCACGUAGCAGGAGUUGAAAACCCGGCAGAUAUAAUUUCCCGAGGCAUGAUUCCAGCACAGUUGCAGUAUCAAUCGCUCUGGUUUCAAGGCCCAUCUUGGUUGAGGCUUGAAGAGAAACACUGGCCCCAGAAUGUGAACGUCGUUGAGGAGUCGUUAGAGAAGUCAUCGUUGGAAGAAAAGGCGAGUACCACGGCUGUAGCACAGGUUGUAGAACCAAGCGAAGUAUUUAGAUGGAGAUCCUCUUACAUAGAGCUAAUGCGCCUUGUGGCAUGGAUGCGACGAUUUCGAUUCAACUCUCAGAUUGCGCAUAGAGAUAUUAAAAGAAGUGGUGCCCUGACUCUCACAGAACUCGAUGAAUCGCUAAAGACGCUUGUACGAAUCGCUCAGAAAGAGAGCUUUCCGAAAGAGUACUGUGAUUUGAAGAACAAUCGUCCGAUUUCACCGUCAUCAAAACUGAUGACAUUGACGCCGGAGAUGGUAGAUGGGUUAAUCCGGAUUGGCGGCCGGCUCCGACAUGCAUCGAUUUCCGAUAACCGAAAGCACCCGUACAUCUUGGAUCAUCGACAUCCGUUUACCGAAACAGUGAUGACAUACUAUCACCGAAAGUUGUUUCACGCAGGUCAACAGCUUCUCAUUGCUGCAGUUAGAGAUCAAUUCUGGCCAACGCACAUCGGAACCCUUGCUCGCUCUGUGAUCUUCAAAUGUGUCCCUUGCUUUCGCGUGAAACCCAAGAUCCAGGAACAGAUCAUGGCAGAUCUACCAGUUGAACGAGUGACUCAGUGCCCAGUUUUUGAGAGAGUUGGUGUGGAUUACUGUGGGCCAUUUUUUGUAACGUAUCCUCAGCGAAAAUGUCGGCCUGUCAAGGUUUUCAUCGCUAUCUACGUUUGCCUUGUGACAAAGGCUGUGCACAUGGAAGUGGCUUCAGAUUUGUCCACGCAAGGUUUCCUUGCCACUUUUCAACGGUUUUGUAGUCGUCGAGGUGCUCCUCGGUUGGUGAUGUGCGACAAUGCGAAGAAUUUUGUUGGAGCAAAACGUGUUCUGGACGAAGUUCACGGGUUGUUCAUCAGCAAGCAGUUCCAAAACACGGUGGUUGAUUACGCAGCAAACCAAGGCAUCGAGUUUCAUUUCAUCCCUGCACGCUCGCCAAAUUUUGGAGGACUUUGGGAAUCUGCAGUGAAAUCGUUUAAAACUUUGCUCAAACGGACAGUUGGACAGCGCUCGCUUGGACACGAGGAGUUCCAGACAAUCGUGGUGAAGAUUGAGGCAGCAUUGAACUCCAGACCUAUCACCGAACUCAGCAAUGAUCCUGAUGACUUCGAACCGCUCACACCAGGACAUUUCCUGGUGCAAAAGAAAAUGACUGCUCUCCCUGAACGCGAUUUGAAGGACGUACCGGAGUCGAGACUGAAGGUCUGGCAGAGAAUGGAGCAGAUUUCCCAGAAUCUGUGGGCGAAGUGGUCGACUCAGUACCUGUCUAACCUCAACAACCGAACGAAGUGGACUAAGAAGAAGGACAACAUCAAAAUCGGCACCUUGGUCAUACUGAAGGAGGAAAAUUUCCCGCCUCUGCAGUGGCCCAUGGCACGAGUAGUAGACCUGCACCCUGGUACAGAUGGAAACAUACGCGUUGUCACUGUUCGCACACAGAACGGCACAUACAAGAGAGGCAUUUCGAAAAUUUGCGUGUUACCCAUCCGUGACAACCUACAAUCGUCAGAAGAGGAGAACCUGGACUCCUCCACCGGCGGAGAUCAAUAG